AUGCCGUACAGCACAGCUGGCGUUCCCGGGGCAGUCGGAGGACGUCAUGUGGAGAUCCACGGCUCGAGUCCUUUGCCCCGACCAGUAGCCGCCCGAGGACUUCCGAUACAUUUCCCGGCCCGCGUCCGCGAAAUUUUUCUCUUGAACCUGGUUACAAUCUCCAGAACUUCGCCCGUGCCUUUAUUCUUAUUUUCUUUCUUUCUCGUCGUGCUGAAUUCCUGGGGUCCGGGGGGAUUGGUUUCCUUUCGAUUACCUAUCUUUGUUCUGCAUUCCUCCGUGCGCCCGUUCGCCAAUUCCUCUGGUUCGCUGCCUCGGAUUGUUUCCCCAGCUCUAAUGGAGUCACGCAAUGGAGAAUUGGAGCACUCGAAAGAGGCUCCCCAAUCCCAGCCAGAAGAGAAGCUCACGAAUGGAGAUCAUGCCGAGGAAGGGCGUGAGGAGGACCAAAAUGGAGGAGGGGUCUUUCAGAUUUCCGUGAAGCUUCCCCAUGAGCCUUACAAGAUCCAGGUGAUGGUAUCAAGCCAGGAACAGGUUCAGGAUGUCCGCCAGUCCAUCGUCGAACUGCCUGGCACGUUCCAAUACACUUGCUUCCAUCUGGAAUUCAACGGGCAACGUAUCAACGACUUCGUUGAGUUGUCUGAAGUGAAGGGCCUCAAGGCAGACUCGGAGAUAGUUUUGGUGGAGGAUCCAUACACCGAAAAGGAGGCUCGGAUGCAUGUUAUCCGGAUCAGAGAGCUAAUCGGCGCGGCCGGCGACCGAGUGGACAACCUGCAUGGCAUCUCUGCUGGCUUGUCGCUCCACGACUCGGUCGCGAGCGAAGAGGCCAAUGGCAAGGAGCAUCCUCUUGCCGGCUAUGAUGUGAACGCUCCCGGUUCUCUAGACACGAUCCUGCCACGUGCCCAGACUCCGCCUCCCAAGACUGUCAAGUCCAUAUCUCUUUCUCCUUGGAACCCCCCGCCAUACCACCUCCGUCAGAAAGGCCAUCUCCUAUAUCUGCAGGUGACCACGAACGAAGGGGAGCAAUUCCAAAUCACUUCCCACGUUUCGGGCUUUUACGUCAAUAAAUGCUCGAACAGCAAAUUCGACCCUUUCCCCCGCCCACCUCCCAAGAACUACAGUGCCCAUUCCCUGCUCAACUUGAUCGCUCAGCUGUCACCCUCCUUUAACAGCGCAUUCCGGGCAUUGCAGGAGUCGAACAACAAGCGCGAUCUCCUCACGACCUUCCCUUUCCAAAAUGCUAUACCCAACAGCCCCUGGUUGGUACCACAGACUGCAUCUGCGCUGCAAACCCAUCAGCCUGAUGUCGCUCGAUCCCAAGAGAAUUUCUUAAUAUCAGGCGUGGAUAACUCGGAGACCCUCCGUGACUGGAACGAGGAGUUCCAAACCACCAGGGAGCUGCCUCGCGAUGCUGUUCAGGACCGAGUUUUCCGGGAGCGGCUGACGUCGAAGCUGUUUGCUGAUUAUAAUGAUGCUGCUGCGCGAGGCGCUGUGUUGGUGGCGAGGGGUGAGGUCGCCCCGUUGAAUCCCACCGAGGGCAGAGACGCCCAGAUUUUUGUGUAUAAUAACAUCUUCUACUCUUUCGGUGCGGACGGUGUGGGAACGUUCGCUUCGGAAGGCGGCGACGAAGCUGCUCGCGUGGCUGUUGGGAAAGAUGUCCUUGGUAUCAAGGCAGUCAAUCAGCUCGAUAUCCCGGGCCUUUUCACCCCAGGAACCGUUGUGGUUGACUACCUCGGGAAGCGCAUAGUGGGCCAGAGUAUCGUGCCUGGUAUCUUCAAGCAACGGGAGCCUGGGGAGCACCAGAUUGACUACGGUGGUGUCGAAGGCAAAGAGGUCGUGGCCGAGCACCCUGACUUUGUCCCUGUAUUUGAGAAGCUUUCUAAGGCUCUGCGGGUGAAGAAGCACCCUGUCUGGGAUAAAGAGGGUAAACGCCAUGAUCUUGAGGGCAGUGUCGAGACGAAAGGAUUGCUAGGAACGGACGGCCGGAAAUAUGUCCUGGACUUGUACCGUAUCACCCCUCUCGAUGUGCUGUGGCAAGAAGAUGAGGGGAAUGAAAACUACCCCCAUCGCAUGUCGGUUCUUCGCCUCGAGUUGGUUGAAUCGUACUGGAGGUACAAGAUGAGCCAGUACGUCCGGGAGGAAGUCGAGCGGCGUCGAAAGAAGAAGGCUGAAGAGAAAGCCGCGACGAACGAAGACAAGCCAGAAGAUGGCGAGUCCAAAGACCAGGCUGCCGAGAAGAGCGAGGAAGCACUUGAGCAGGAGAGAAUUGAUAUCUCUGGUUUCAACCUUGCGCUCAACCCCGAUGUCUUCAGUGGCCAGGUUCCCCAGACCGAGGAAGAAAAGGCGGAGUGGGCGCAGGAUGAGAAAGAAGUUCGCAGUGCUUGUGACUACCUGAGGUCCAAGGUUCUUCCCGAGCUGAUCCAGGACCUCCAUGACGGAGAUGUCGGCUUCCCAAUGGAUGGACAGUCUCUCAGCCAACUCCUUCACAAGCGUGGUAUUAACAUCCGAUACCUGGGUAGAUUGGCGGAGAUGUCCCGGGAGAAGGGCCACCGGCUGCACGCUUUAACCGUUCUGGUGAUCCAGGAAAUGAUUGCUCGUGCAUUCAAGCAUAUCGCGAACCGUUACCUUCGCCACUUGCCUCAUCCUUUUGCAGCUUCCUGCAUUUCUCACCUGCUGAACUGUCUUCUUGGAACGGAAGUUAAUCCAAAGCCACAGCCAGACAUUGACGAAUCUCUUCGGGCGAUCUAUCCCGAAAGCGAUUUCUCUUUUGAAACUGUUGACCCGGAAACUCUCAGGGCAGAGAUUGAGAAGCAGGUCAAGAUCAGAUAUCGAUUCACACUUGACUCUGACUGGAGCAGCUCUUUGAGGCACUUGCAACUGCUCCGUGACAUUGCCAUCAAACUUGGCCUUCAGCUGGGCGCUCGGGAAUUUGUGUUCAAGCCCCAGACCCCGGAACCCUCUGCAACUGAGAAUGGUGUUAACGGAACUGGCCAUGAGGAGACAAGCAAGAAGAAGAAGAGGAAGGCGGGCGAGAAGGCGGGUGAUAACGCUUCCCCGACUCGCACGGCGGCUGCUAAACCUGCCACCACAUUUGUGCCAGAUGAUAUCGUGAACAUCGUUCCCUUGGUCAAGGAUGCUGCGCCGAGAAGCGCUCUUGCCGAGGAGGCUCUGGAAGCGGGACGUAUCUCUUUGAUGCAGAACCAGAAGCAACUUGGCCAAGAGCUCAUCUUGGAAUCCCUGUCCUUGCACGAGCAAAUUUACGGUAUUCUCCAUCCGGAAGUUGCCAAGCUGUACCAUCAGCUCUCGAUGCUGUACUAUCAAACGGAUGAAAAGGAUGCUGCCGUGGAACUGGCCCGGAAGGCGGUCAUUGUCACUGAACGCACAUUGGGUGUCGACUCGGCAGACACUAUCCUGAGCUAUCUCAAUCUCAGCCUCUUCGAGCACGCUACAGGAAAUACUAAGAUGGCGUUGGUCUACGUCAAGCAUGCCAUGGAUCUCUGGAAGAUUAUCUAUGGGCCCAACCACCCCGAUUCCAUCACCACCAUGAACAACGCUGCUGUCAUGCUGCAACACCUCAAGCAGUAUCCAGACUCCCGCAAGUGGUUCGAGUAUUCUCUUGCUGUUUGCGAGGAACUCUUUGGAAGGCAGUCAGUCAACACGGCAACAAUCUUGUUCCAGCUUGCCCAAGCGCUGGCCCUGGACCAGGACUCCAAGGGUGCUGUGAACCGCAUGCGUGACGCCUACAACAUCUUCCUGAACGAGCUUGGACCGAAUGACCGCAACACUAAGGAAGCUGAAAGCUGGCUCGAGCAGCUCACUCAGAAUGCCGUCUCUAUCGCGAAGCAUGCCAAGGACAUCCAGGCUCGCAGACUCCGGAGGGCCAAUCUCAGCACGCGUGUUUCGCUGGGGACCAGGCCUCAGCCCCAGGUUGGCCAGUCGGCACAAGGAGGUGCCAACGGGAAGGACACGAACAACAAUGCCCCGCAAUUAGAUACCCGAAGCAUCGACGAACUGCUGAAGUUCAUUGAGGGAGGCGACUCCAGCACUCCACGGAAACAGAAGAAACGUGGCACUGCAAAUCCGAAACUCAGGGGCUCCAAGCAGUCGUCGGCUAAUGAAAUCUUAUAUGCAUGGCGUGAUUUGAUUCCUGGCGGGUUAGAUGACCACGGUCGGCUGGACGCGGGGAAUGUAUACUAUAUUCGUCACGUGUUUCUUGAUUCGACAUUCUUGGAAUUGAUUUUCAGGACCUCUCGAGGACACGGCACGGCAGGUACCCGAAUCCCUGUGGCGCAUGAACCAAUCGGCAGGCGCGAUCCGCCGGAGAAGCUCCAUUGGCUCCCGUCGCAUGUUUACAUUUCCAAGAGAUACUACUCGCAUACCAAUCCCAAUAACGAGCCACUCCUGGCGGCGUCGCGCCUGGAAGCUGUUUUUGUUAACGAUGGACCUUCGCGCCACUUCCCCUGCUUGAUCUCUCCCGACAUGGAUGAUGUUUACGCGACAGCGAGAUGGGGCAAUCGGGUGUUACGACCGUUGACCUCGCUCUACCAUCGUCUCGGAAAAUAUCGAGAGAUCCAGUCGCUUGAUUUAUCUCAGCAGAAAUCGAACGACGAGCUCGAUACGCGUACGGCGCCUGGUCGCGCAUUGCCUAGGAGAACGGAUAAUCGCGACAUUUUCUCUGAUUCCGAAUGCGGCGGCGACGAUCCAUCAUGGGUGCCGGGGAAAACGGACAACAAGCGACGCAUCAAACACAAGUAUGUUAUCCGUGGAGAGAAGAAUCGAGGCAGACGCCGCAUCAGGUCGGUCCUGCGCAGUCCCGAAGUGCAAAAAACGUUGCCCGGUGCGAUCGAGAUCGCUACGCCAUUGAUCACGGGAAAGACAACGGAUAAGCUGGCGCAGAUAAGGGAAGAGGUUGAGUCGGAACGUUCUCAACGAGCAGAAAGUGGGAGGAGCCUGUCUCUUUCUCCUGACCGAUCACAGCAACUAAAAGUGUCAGAGAAGAGGAGCAGGCUACUGAAACAGUCUAGGUUCUUUCAACAUGACAGUCUGUGGAAGGCAUCAUUGGACUCAUCAAACGAUGCUAAUUACAUCGAUAUUGUUCGCCGCCUCGACCGCAUGUUUCUUAAUUUUUUGGAAAAGACGCGUCUCUCGGAUUCUCAUCAUGCUAGCGGCAAGGCUCGGUCACUUUUGUCGACUGUGAUGCGCCGUCUUCCAGAAUUCAUAGCCGAGGAACAGAGGCUGCAUGAUGAAUCGGACGGCGAGGAGGAGGUAGACAUGGCGGACGCAUACUUCACGGAGCUGGAGUUGGCCUACGGUUCCAGUACUAAGGGGUGGCUGCCACUUCGCGAAGCUGUGCGCGCCCAAGGGAUCUACCUGGUUUCGGACAUGAUCAAGGAAAGAUGGGUCACUCAUCUUACAGCAUUGAGUCUAAUAGAAAAGUGUAUACACGCUGGAGAGUAUGACGCUGUCGAGACGCUCCUGUCAAACCAGCUGCAUGCGAUCAAUCACUACGGUUAUCCGGAUGCAUUCGAUCCUUGGAGAUCAGUUGAGUUGGGCCGCGAUCCAGUGAAGAUUUUGCAUAACUAUUGGAUAUCAUCUCGACAUAACUCAUAUGUUUUUGACGAGCUGGGUAAACUGCUGCUCCGUGGAGCGAUCCCUCCGGAGUGGAUGGUGACGACUCCUUGGAAGAGCUGCAUGGCUUCUGCGACCAGCUCGCUGUCAAAAGACGAUCAGGAUUCCGCAGCAGCAACACGGCUGAUCGAAGCGGUGAUUCUUUCAGCGUGUGGCAUUUACGAAAAGAUGGGUACUUCGGCGAUAGGGACGCGUCCGCAUUCUCGUCGCCAUUCCGCCCAGCGAGACACUCGUUCUGCUGCAUCAACGGGAUAUGACCCUCAGGCUGGCCAUGUACCGUGCCCCGUAUACAUACAGGACGCUCUCAGUAAUCUGAUUGCUAGUCUUAUCACCGCCCUCUGUGGCAUGCACUUUGUUCGGGCUGAUGAUCCUUCAGCGGAUGAGGCUCGGUUCAGUGCGAGAAUGGGGAACCUGCUCAAAGGAUUGGCCCUCAUGGUUCAGCGUGAAAUCGAACUUCGACCUCCUGGUCGCAAGGACAACAUUCCGAUAUUUCACUCUCUUCGAAGAGGCUAUGUUCUUCUGGGGAGCUACCUGUUACUAUGUGGCCCUCUCAGCCAGCAAUCGGGCCCUCAGAGUUCGGAUAUUAUUAUCACAGAGCGUCUGGGUUCUUUCCUCUGGUCCCUGUGCGGCCAGGCGGAAAUAAUCAAGGAGCUGUCAGCUCUAGUCGGCCAGGUUGUACGCUGCUGCGAAAGAGGGGGCGAACGAGAGCAAAGCCAUAGAACUCGACAGUUUUGUUCGAAGUUUCUGCAGUUCGAGCCGCAUGGCAGGGACAAUCUUUCGUUGUUCCUGGGUAAGAUUGCGGUUGAAGUUGCGAUGUAUUUUGCGCAGUUGACCCAGGAUCCAGACGAUCAUGCAUGGGCCGCGGACGUACAGGAGACGGUCGCCGCUGCCCAGCGUCGUUCUUCUUUCUGUGACAGUGACGAUUCCAAUUCUCACACUACGGAUCACGAUGUGCGGCCCUUUAGAUGGGAAGAAAGUAUCGGCGAAUGGGUUGCGAGCACACCUGUCCGAACCAAAGUUGCGCAGUCGAACGUCCUGCCGAAGCCAAUGGUCAUAGUCCCCGACCCAUUGUCGUCUCCUGGUCAGCCGUCCAGCACCAGUGAAGAAGAGUCUUCUUCAUCUGAGGAUCACGUCUCCAGCAUCACCUCGUCCGUUCCUUCUUCAACUUUAAAGAGGACUGAGCGCGAUUGCGACACGCCCACUCGAAUGCAGAAAAGAGCUCGAGGCAUGUCCGGAACGCGAUCCCAACAAUCUCCCCAGUUGGUACGGGAGCCUGGCUGCGUACCGGAUUUUCCUGGUGAUAGAGCAGAGCGUAGAACUCACGUGCCGGACUCGGUAUGCAGUGAUGAUUCUUUCGACGAAUUGACGACGUCUAGCGUUCCGACCAGGCCCUGCCUCGACCAGAGCUCGUCAGGCGAAAAGACGUCCAACCUGUUUCUGGGCCAGGAACCGGACUCCCGUCGGAGUUCAAACGUUGCGGUGGUUAUCGUCAACCCCAACGGAUCUGACUUGGCACCAGCGCCAGCAACAGAUCGUCGUGGGCGUAGCCACUCUCACAGCCAGGCGCCUGUCAAGCCACCCAGGACAGUGAUGGCCCCCAGGUUACCACAGCACCGAGCUCUCGUGAUCCCCUGUUCUGAAGACGAAGAGAGUGAGGACGAGCUUAGUUUUCUUUGA